CUGUUAUUUAGCAGGUUCAUUUCUUAGUUUGCAUACUAUCUGGCAAGCCUGCAAAGUGUUUAUUUUGAAUGCUUUGCGAACUCUGCUAACUCAUCAAGUGUCUCAUCGUCUGGCAGCUAAUGCCCGAGUAGCUCAUUUUUGCGGGACGCACCGAUUGAGCGAAGUCAGCUAUCACAGAUUGUUUAAAGCGGACCAGGCCAUUUGUUUCCCUUUUGUUUGCAAGUCAAAUCUUGUAUGACAACACGGAAGAAUAGUUUCGCUUUGGAUUAUACAUGAUUGAUGCUCGCUAGCUACCUUUUGGUAUGGAGAAAGAAGCAAAGGAGUCCAUCCCGGAAAUAUGUAAAGCUCUUGGAGCGUUCACAUCAGAAAGCAUUAAUCGCACAAGGUAUUCUGGGAUCUGUGGCAAGGCACCCGUUGCAGCCUUGCAAAGACUCUUUCUCAUCUGUGAUUUCUCAAGAUGCGAAUGCAGUACGAGUCCUCAGGAAAACAAGUGGAGAUUUGGCUUACCAGGUGGUGGAACUGCAACAGGCGAUAAGAAUCAAAGACUCUGUACUUGACGAGCAACAUGCCAGGAUGUGUGAGGUGAAGAGGCGACUGGGAGCGGUGGAGGCGGAGUUUCUGAGUCUGCAGGCCCGGGUGGAGGAGGUGCGGGAGGGCAACUGCACUCUGAAACGGGAGUACGACUCCCUGCUGGAGAGGCACCACGUGAUGGACCAGACCUACCGCGUGGAGAAGGUCCGUGGCUCCGAGCUGCUGGAGGACAUGAUCCAGAGCAAGCGCCUGGCUGCCGCCAACAUGAACAGCAAGAACGAGAAGAGAGUGCGUGCAAGAGAAGCCAGUCUUCAAAAGGAGCUUGAGACGGCCACAAAGAAAGAAUUGGACAUCGACGUAGGGUUUGGCUCCGGGGUUCCUACCAAACCAGCAUCACCAAAGAGUGGGAGCCCUGAGAAUUUGGAGAGAUUUCACCGUCGUUUCUUUCGGUCAGCCUCCGCUACUUCACCACGGAUUCUAGACUCCAUUAAAGAGCUCUUUGAAAAGAAGAGGCGGGGGAACACAGUAUCCAGUCUAGAAGAGGACAUCUAUGCCCCUGUUGGAAUAUGCGUGGCUGCAAGGAUCCCUGCUAAAGCUCUGCACUUCCUGGACGCACAUGAACUGGGCAUCAAUGCAGUCCGCUUCAGCUCCAGCUCGAACCUGCUGGCUACAGGAGGCACUGACAGAGUGAUUAAGCUCUGGGAUGUCACUGCAGGCAUGCUGUACAACAGAGGCUCACUUGAUGGCAGCAACGAGGGAAUAACGAGCAUAGAAUUCGACCCGACCGGGACCAAGAUUUUAGCGGCGUCGUAUGACAAGUCGGCCCUGUAUUGGAGCCUGGAUGACUGCGCGCCCAAGUUCACCUUGACUGGCCACUCCCGCAAAGUCACAGCGGCCAAGUUUAAGUGCAGCCUACGGCAGGUGGUGACAGGAAGUGCUGACAGAACCGUCAAGGUUUGGGAUCUCCAACGCGCGGCCUGCAUCCAGACCAUCGACGUUCUGUCGUACUGCAGUGACGUGGUCUGCUCGGAGUAUUUCAUCAUCAGCGGGCACUACGACAGGAAGAUCCGCUUCUGGGACAGCAGGGCAGCGAGCUGCACACAGGAAGUUCCUCUGCAGGGGAAGGUGACAUCACUGGACAUCUGCCCCGACCACCGGCAGCUCCUCAGCUGCUCCCGAGACGAGAGCCUGCAGGUGGUGGAUCUGAGGAUGAGCAACUCCAGGAGGACCUACAGAGCCGAUGGUUUCAAGUGUGGAUGCGACAGUACCAAGGCCAUCUUCAGCCCCGAUGGAAACUAUCUCGCCGCGGGUUCAGCAGACGGUGCUGUCUACGUCUGGAACGUCAACUCUGGCAACCUGGAGACCUGCUUGCCUGGCAUGCACAGUUCCUCGGUCAAUGCUUUGUCCUGGUCCGCCUCUGGGCAGUACGUGGUGAGCGUGGACAAGAGCCGACGGGCCGUCCUGUGGAGCGACUUCUGAGGGAAGGCCCCGCUAUUUCGGAGUGCACAGGAGACCCCUGUGUUACGGUAACCCGCCCACUGGCAUGGUUAAAAAUGAAGAAAAAAAAAAGGUUUCGAGCCCAACUCCAUGCAGGGAAGUGUGGGUGGGGUCACCUGGUUCUCCUCGGACUCAAACGGCCUGGCGUUUCUCCUCCCCUGUUUUGGUGGGCGUGUGUGGACCACCUCCAGACUGCUGAUUGGCUGCCUUUUUAGGGAUUUGUUUUUGUAUUUGUGUUUGUUUUGUUAAUAAUAUGUAGUAUGUAAGUAUAGGGGACAGGUUAUAAGCCGCCAGUAAACGGGUUUGUUUUCUUUCUGAUCCUAAGCUUUCUGAAUGUAGGUUUCCCGCUCAAACGGGAGAGUCUACCUUGCCUUCCUUCCAUUGUCGUUCCGUGGACCGGCAGUUGGUGCCGUGUGUGGCGUGAGUGGUGGCAUGGCAUUUACCCAGAGUGCUUCAUCAGUCUUCCUGUGGGGUAUCGUGGGGUGUGGAUCACAGCCCUGUUAGCCCUAACCAUAGCUCUUAGUGACUCGCAGCCAUAGCUUGGAGGAGUGGGUAAACCUGGUUCUGUUAAGGCUCUAAAUCACCUAAUCUGGACCUGGGACACAAGCUUUGAAAGAAUGUGGAUGGCAAAACAUGCACAACCCAGCAUAAUUUAUGUUUUAUUUUGUCUUUGGUUUGCAUUAUAGGCAUUCAGCAUAUGCUCUUAUCCAGUGCGAUUUGCACAUUUUACACAGAAUACAUUCAUACAGCUGAAUAUUUACUGAAGCUUUUCAGGUGCAGUACCCAGCUCAAGUGUACAACUGCAGUGUCUUACCUGGGAAUCAAACCUGCAAUCGCUGUGCUACAAGCCCAGUUCUAUAGUUUCCCCCCCCCCCCUUCACUGUGUUUUCUGUGAGAGUGAGAUGAUGUUUAUUGUUUUUAUUGUUGUUGUCGUUCCUACAUCACCUGUUUUGGGGCUGAUGCACAGCUAGCUAGACUGAAUGAAUCCUUUGAAAUACGAUUUCCAAAACGUUCGUUUUUGUUGUAAGCACGGAAGGCCCCUGGCACAAAGGGAACAGCUGAUUUGGCAGUGUCCGAUAUCACUGCGGUUUUGCGAGGGAAAUGUGUCAACACUGCGGUGACCUUAUUUUUCCUUUAACCCACUAAGUGCAAUGUUUCAGUGUGUCUUUCAGGUAUGAAUUCACAAUAAGAGCUGCACACAUUCCAAAAUGCAUAACCUGAGCAGGAGAACAAAAAGCGGUGGUGUUUGAGAAGCAAUAAUAAUAAAAAAUAAAAAAAGAAGUAACACUCACCCACAUUUAUGAUUCCUACCAUCUAAAGCGUGGGAUUGCAAGCCAGGGUGAUGCAUCAUCAGAUCACACUGCCCUGUACAUGACAGUAUCAGAGAUCACACUGCCCUGUGUAUGUGCAGUGUCAGAUAUCAUGUACUGUACAUACACUUGUACUGUCAGGAGAUGGGGAGACGUGCACAAGCCUUGGCUCAGUGAACAAACCCCUGUACCCAUGCUAAUGUACCCACGGUAACCCAGUCCUUAAAAAAAACUAAAUAAAGAAGGGAAGCCUCUUCUGUUUUGUAAAGGAAACAGACGUGGCGAAAGCCAGUGGCUAUUGUAAGCUUUCACCUUUGUUGAGUCUAUGCCCUGCGCACAGCCAGAGCGAGCAAGGGAGAGAGAGGGCACUUGAAUUAGGUUAACUAUCUCACAUGCACAAAGCUCUUUUCUGUGUGGCGGGGUGGGGCGGGGCAGGGCAGGGGUGGAAGAUGAGGCGGGGGGAACGAGCGGUUUAAAAAUUGAUGAAAGGAAGAGCGGUCGACCCCUCCAUCUCCGCCCUCCAUUUCCGUUCUGUCGUACGAUGUUCUCUCGCCUAAUUUGCACUUCAAAGAGCUUCGGUUUUUUUUGUGUCCUUUUUUUUUUUUUUUUGCAGUUCCUUUUUUAUAAUGACACAUUUGCACAUUCUGCUUGCUGGAAUUGUAAAGUAAUAUUGGCACUUUGGAUAAAACAUUAAACAUUAACAUUAAAAGAUUUUUAAUGCUGACGUGGACUAUUUAAAACCGUGUUACUGUUUUAAUUUAAUUUGUUUGCCUGAAUGUCUGCAUUUAGCCUUGUUGAUGAUCAGUCGUCCUUAGCAUGUUGGCGUUUAACUGUGGGCUACCUGCUUAAGCUCAGCUUAAAGAAUAAAAACUGCUCCUGAGAUGAAUGAAACAUGGAACAGCCCAUUGGGCAUCUGCAUGGUCACUUAAUCAGUCAUUGAUCAAUCAAUCAAUCAGUCAAUCAAUCAGUUUAUGUGAUUUAAGUCAUCAUCUGGAGCUUCCGCCCCUACACCAGGAGCCCCCCCCCCCGGUCGUGGAGAGUCACAGGAUUUGCUUUGGUCCCCAAACCUGGUACUAGAGCGCCACCGGGCUUUCUGGGGUCCCCAAACCUGUGGCUGUCCCAGACCAGGGUCGGGAACCCCCUGUGGCUGUCCCAGACCAGGGUCGGGAACCCCCUGUGCUGUCUUCCGCUUGUUUAGCACAGUGCCAGUCGUUGCCUGAUAAUAUAUAUUUCAGACUUCCCCACGCUGAAGGCGGAAUGCAUUGAUUUCACAUUUGGCCACUCUGACAGCUCUUUCUGUGAAAUCAUCAAUGGCUCCAAUUUUGUGUUGCUGUGAUAUUUAUCUUUGCCAAGAGAGCCAUUUGCCUGUGCACAACAGAGCGUUUUUAAUUGAAGUGUAAAUGUCUUUCUGCACUAUGCAAUAGCUGUGUUCUAAAGGGAUCAUAGACUUUAUGCAAAUUGAGUUUAAAUCAUGCUUCAAAGUGCCUCCUUAGCGCUUGUUUUUUUUAUUUUUAUUUUUUUAUUUUAUUAAAAUUGCGGUGUAGUAAUUGUGGAUAGACCACAUUAUCUUCAUAAAAAAGAAAAAGAUCAAAAGGCCAUGCUUAAUUUGUGUACUUCAUGAAUUACGUGGUGCAUUUGUAACCGCGUCGCUCUCUGACUCAUGCAAGUUAACUGUCUUAGGUAGUGCUUGAUUCCAAACAUAAUGACAUUUUGGAGUUCCGUAGUGGUGUGAUGUUUAGGGGGAGGUCUGGGGGUGUGUACAUGCAGUAAAAACACAGACCUUGAGACCUUGGGUACAUUCCUUGUCUGAUUACUUUUUUCAUUACAAUGAAAAUUACAGUUUCAAGUAUUUGUUGCAACCUUUCAAUUUUAUGAGGUUGCAACAGACAUUUUAUUUUGUUUUAAAAACGGUGAAAUUCUUGUUUUUAUUUCAGUGUAGCCCUUUGAGUUGGUUUACAGUGAAAUAGGUUUACAACGAGUUAAAAUGAAUGUGUCGUUCUGAAUCAAAAUUGUAUAAUAUUUGUAAUACUAAUAUUCAGAAGUGUUAUGACUCCAAUUUUUAUCUUUUUUUAAAGUGUUCAUGAGAGAAUGUAUCCCUUGAAAUAAAAAUGAGGGGUUCGGGUUAGCUCAGGGUUAGGAUGGCUCAUCCUUAAGGCAGUUCAGGGAUGAGCCCCACGGUCCUGGAUGGAAUCCCGCCGCCGACUGAGGCUAACAGCUACGCAGGGUGACGCGCCCCCCUGGUGGAGUUCGGGAGGGUUCAGCUGAGAUCCACGUCUCGUUGCUCUCUAGUGACCCCCCCUGGUCGAUCCAGCACCCGCGAUCUGCUGGCUGAGGGUGAAGCUACACGUCCUCCGGUGGGAUCGCCUGGCAUCGCUCUCGCCUCCCACAGUCGGCCGCUUGUGGGCGAUUACAGUUUUAAACGGGGGGGCGCAGGGGCCACCUCCCCUUCCCUUAAGUGGCUUUUGUCGCUUGCCAGGCCGCCAUUGUAAAUAAGAAUUUGUUCUUAAUGACUUGUCUGGUGAAAUAAAGGUGAAAUAAAAAAAAAUAAAAAAGAGGCAACAAUAUACACGUCAGAUCUUUGAUCUGAUUGGUUAUUGCACUAUUUUCCCCAUCCUUUUGCUUGCUUCACCGGCUUUCCUCGUGUUGCCAGCUAUCCCAGCAUGCCUUGUGAACACAAAAAAUCGCUUCUCAUUGAAAAAGAAUGGAGAGAAAUUUGCUUCCAGUCGGAGGAUGUGUGGCUUCACCCUAAGGUUGCAGGUGAAGAACCUUCCUCUUACCCCUCUCUGGGUGAGCUUGGCCUGUGGGCUGUGGUGUGAAAAGAAGAAGCUGGUCCCACAUUCUCUGGGUGAGAGUGUGUGUGUGUCUACACUCCCAUUUGGGCAUUCCUAAUCGGAGAGAACAUGGGAGUAAAGCAUAAAAUAAGAAAUGUGGGAUGCCUUAGAAAAACUGUCUCAUGAUAAAAACCUGUAAUUCAUAACCUUGAAAUAGGAACAUUGUCUUUUUUAUUGUGCCAUUGUUUCUGGACUUGGCAACUUGCUUUUGCCAUUUUUCAUUUUAAGGGAAAUGUUUUUGGAGGGAAAGGAUGACCUUUUGUGACCUUUGUUUUUUUAUUUUUAAAUGCCAUAGGUUUUCUAAUGGGGUUCUCUGUACUGACUACAUAAUAAUUCAUUUGUAAUGCUUCCUUUUAUUUGUGUUUUGUGGUGGUUGUGGAAUGUAACAAACCAUUGUUAAAAUAAAUGUACUGUAGCUGGGAUUACAUUGAAGGAAUGACACAAGUUUUUUGCUGAAAUAAAAUCCUUUGUGUCCA